AUGAAUAUUGGAAAGACAGACUCAAUUAGCACAUUGAGUGAGCAUGAAAAUGAUCUUGAUGAUUUUGAGGCAUCAAUUAUUUGGUCUCAGGAUGAACCAUUAUCCCCUAAUGAAGUUUUAGAAUUGCCUCCUGAUACUGACAAUCAAAAUCAUUUCAAAUCUCUGUGCCGUUUAUGUGCUGGGGAAACCACUAAUCCUAUUUAUAUUUAUUCAGAGUUUGGAGAGUCCUUAAGACUUUUGGACAAGAUAAACACAUGUCUAAGUAUUAAGGUGAAAAAAACAGAUCCCCUUCCAAAACAACUUUGUCCAACAUGUGUUGAAAAGGUUACUUGGUGUAAUGAUUUUGAUGCUCAAUGUAUUAGAGCUGAAGAAACUCUUGUAGAAAUUCUCAAACAGAAAAACUGUUUUAUAACAUCUAAAAAUGAUGGACAUUCUUUAAAGAACAUUGAUUCGUGUCCAUUAUGCGUUGAAGGACGAAUGAAGAUCUUUGAAGAAGCCAAAAGAAAUCAAAAGGAUAUUGACUUGUAUGACAGUGAUAUUGUUCUUGAAAGUAGUGAUGAAGAACAUAUACCAAGUGAAUUUAGAGCUGAUGAAGAAGAUGAAAAUGGAGCCAUCACACUGUUUUGUUUGGGGACCAAGCAAAAAUAUUUAAAAUGUGGAGCUUGUAUGAAUCUGUAUCAUACAAAAGAAACUCUAGAUGAACAUAAAUGUAAACCCAAUUUGCAAUGCACAUCCAAGCCAUAUAAGUGUGACAUUUGCUUCACAACAUUUACCUUUGAAGAGCGUUUGCAAUUCCAUAAACAUUUUCAUGAAGAUGCAAAAGCAUUAUAUUGUGAAAUUUGCAAAAUUACUUUUGGGAAGGAGCUAAAAUUAUUUUAUCAUUACAAGAGAUAUCAUUGCAAAGAUGGUAAAGUAUCCUGCUUGCAGUGUGGAAAAUUAUUUGAAAAUCAAGAAGGAUUAAAGAAACAUGUUUGUGUGGAUGGUAAAACAAGACCCCAUGUGUGCCAAGUCUGCUCAAAAGGAUUCUGUGAUGGGUAUACCUUAAAACGUCAUGUGGUAACCCAUCUUCCAGAAAAACCAUAUAAAUGCUCUGAAUGCUCAAAAAGUUUCACACAAAAGUCAAGAUUGAAUAAGCACAUAGCUGGUCAUAGUAUCGUUUUAGAAAACAGUCAAACAAUUUGGAGGUGUGUUCAUUGUGGCGAAGUGUUUGGGGCAUGCGAGACCGCGGAUGGGCAUUGUAAGAGGCAUGAAGAGAAAGUUAAUCUCAUUGAAGAGUUGCAGGUGGUGAAGCUUUAUCAUUGUGAAUUCUGCGAUAGCCACUUUGCAGAUAUGGAUCAUUUGAAACAUCAUCGUGAUUUACACAUUGUUGAAAAACCAUAUUCAUGCAACGAGUGUAACUCGUGGUUUAAAUCCUUCGCAGAGGCUGUACUUCAUUGGAAGGAACACCCGAGAAUAUUUAAAGUCUUGGUAGUAUUUUUAUGCGAUGUCUGCGACAGGGAUGUCAAAGAAUUAUCUUUGCUCUACAAACACAAACAAAAGAGACAUCAGCCAGUGGCUAGAAAGUCUGAAAAAAGUGAAGAGAAGUUUAUUUGCGAGCUCUGUGGAAGUGUUUUCGUAAGCGCCGAAGAAUUUCAAGAGCAUGGGAAGUACAGGUGUUCUAAAUUUCCUUGUGACAUAUGUGGUAGUCUUCUACCAACUGCGAAUUCAUUGAAUGCGCAUAAAAGAAGACAUAGUGGACUCAGGCCGUAUGUAUGCAACAUAUGUGGGAAAAGUUACACACAGUCGAGUCACAUGUGGACUCACAAAAGAUUCCACAUGGGUGUCAAACCAUACGCAUGCGAAUAUUGUGAUCAAAGAUUUACUAUCAAGCCUGAUCUAGCAGAUCACACGAGAAAAAAGCAUACCAGAGAAAGACCAUUUAAAUGUGAUGUCUGCAACAAAGCUUUCUUAACAGGUUCCGUUUUCUAUCAACAUAGAUUAAUACAUAGGGGAGACCGUAGAUAUAAGUGUCACUAUUGCGAGAAAGCAUUUACUAGAACAGAAGCUUUAAAUAAUCACAUAAAGAUUCAUACUGGUGAGAAACCGCACGCGUGUGACGUUUGCGGUAGAUGUUUCCGACAAAAAGGAGAUAUGAGAAAACAUAGACGUACGCAGCAUACCGCUAAGCAAGACAUAAAGUAAACUGAAAUAAAGCAGUGCUAUCUUUGAAAAAACGGAUUUUCAUGAAUAAUACUUUGCUGUGUUUUAUGUUUUAGUCGAAUUUGAAAAAACGCGCAACGGCAGGUGAGCACAGGUGCGCAGAAGCAACACGUACAGAACAG